AUGGCCACUAAACAAGUACUGUCGCUGUGUCUGCUGCUCUGCUAUCUCUCCAGUGUUUUUACCACAGAUGUUUUAAAUGAACUACUUUCCAAAUUACCAAAUUAUUCAAUUGUACAGCCACAGAUAAUUACGAGGAGCAACGACAAAGUUAAACAUGAACAAGACUACUCAGUUUCCUUUUUACUUGAAAUCAAUGGAAAGAAACAGCGCAUAAAUUUGAAAGAGAACAAAGGAUUCUUGCAUCCGAACGUGUUCUCAGACGACAGGUCCCACAGUGCACCAGUUCACUGCUAUUACCAUGGAGAGGUUGAAGGUCACGUCAACUCUAUGGUGGCUGUCAGUACAUGCCAUGGACUCAGGGGCAUCGUUGCCGUCGAGGACCAGACGUUCGGGCUGGAGCCGGUUCCAGGAUCCGACUCCAGCGUUCUGUAUCUUUUGAGGGACGUCGACUCGGAGCUGACAUCAUGUGGAGUUUUGGGAGAAACCCACCAAGAAAGUCCAAACGGGACCGGACACACGGUGACAUCACUGCUGCGGAAGAAGCGUAAUUUGCCGACCACCAGUUUCGUGGAGCUGGCUGUGAUCGUGGAUAAUCAAAGGUACAAUUUCAAGAAGAAAAAUGAGACGGCUGUGCGGGAGGAGAUGGUGGAGACGGUGAAUCUAGUCGACGGGUACUACAGGAGCCUGAACAUCCGUGUGAGGCUCGUUCACCUGGAGGUGUUCACCGACUCCAACCCCUUCAGUGUGGAGGGCUCUGCAGGGGAAGUGCUCGAGCGAUUCGUCAAAUGGAGAAAACUGAACUUGAUGCCUCGAGCAAGGAACGACGUGGCACAGCUGGUCAUCGGUCGUCCUGGUCCUUAUGGGAACGUGUUGGGGAUGGCUUUUGUCGGGACCGUGUGCUCCGUGGCCACAUCCGGAGGCAUCAAUGUGCUCACAGACACCGCCACUCUGCCGUACUUCUCCAGCAUUGUCGCACACGAGAUCGGACACAAUCUCGGCAUGAACCACGACGACACGCGCUGCAGCUGCGAGGGAGGAUGCAUCAUGGGAGCUGGAGGGCAGAGCGUGUCCUUCAGCUCGUGCAGCGGAGACGACUUUGAGAAGCUGAUUCUCCGCGGACAAGGGGAGUGUCUAAGGAACGUCCCGUCGCACUCUGACGUGGUGGGAGUGUCCCGCUGUGGAAACGGACUCCUGGAGGACGGAGAGCAGUGCGACUGUGGGACCCCCGAGGAGUGCAAAGACAAAUGUUGCGACGCAGCGACCUGUAAGUUCACCAGAGGCUCGGUGUGCGCCGCGGGGAGGUGCUGCCACAACUGUCAGCUCAAAGUGGCCGGGACGCCCUGCCGGCGCUCAGAGGACAGCUGUGACCUCCCAGAGUUCUGCAACGGGACCUUUGCCUUUUGUCCUGACGAUUUCUACAUCAUGGACGGACUGCAGUGUGAGGAGCCAGGAGGGGCCUACUGCUACGAGGGCCGCUGCCAGACCUACGACUACCAGUGCAGACAGCUGUUCAUCCCAGAUCCAGCUAUAAAAGCAGCCGAUAUUUGCUUUUCUGCUGCAAACAUUCGAGGAAACCAGUUCGGAAACUGUGGCGAACCGAGCCCUGGGAACUUCAUCAAGUGUCCAGUGGCAGACGUCAUGUGUGGGAAGGUGCAGUGUACAAACGUGAACAACCCUCCGCCAGGGGCCAGCAUCAGCAUCCAGGUGAUCAACGGCACCAGGUGCGUCAACGUACACUUUGACCUGGGGCCCGAUGUCCUGGACCCUGGCUACAGCAACCCAGGCAGCCCCUGUGCUCCAGGCAUGACUUGUGUGAAUUUCAAGUGUGUGGACGCUUCGGUUCUUCUGCCCGAACUCAGCUGCAACGCCAAAGACACCUGCAACAGUCGCGGGGUGUGUAACGACCAGGGCCACUGUCACUGUAAUGUGGGCUGGGCUCCUCCAGACUGCAGGUCCGCAGGUCGUGGGGGCAGCGUGGACAGUGGACCGGCUUCUAUAGAUCACUCCCUCAGAGACGGACUGCUGAUCUUCUUCCUGCUGGUGCUUCCCCUGGUGGCGGCGCUGGUUGUGCUGUUUCUCUACCUGUUCAGACGAGACGCUCUGCAGCCCUGCAUCAAGAGACGACACAAGUCUCCCACCCCCACAGACUCCGCUCCGUCCCAGAGGAGGGGGCCUGUUCCUGCUGCACAGACUCAGAGCACAGAGGCCCCCACAGAGAGGCCCGGACUGGCCCCUGACACCGGAGUUCCCGGUUGGAAUUAUGGAGAGCUGGAUUAUUGGAGGACCCAGGACCAGUUCCAGGACCAGUCCCAGACCCAGGUCCAUCCUCAGACCCAGGACCAGUCCCAAAUCCAGCCCAGGCCUCUCCCCAGGCAGGGCCCAGGAGUCCCCCGGCCCAUUCCCCCGAGGCCUCUUCAAAUGGACCUAUGA